GUGUGCCCGCCAUAGCAAUCGCCGCUGCCGCGGUGUGUGCGGGGCCCAGCGCAGGGGCCGGGAGCAGCGGCGGGGACCCAGCGGGGCAUCGGGCAGGCUAAGCCAUGACGUCAGGAUCUGGGCAUGUGGACUCCAAGGCUGAACUCACCGCUUUACUGGAGCAAUGGGAGAAAGAACAUGGCAGUGGGCAAGACAUGGUCCCUAUCCUCACCAGAAUGUCUGAGUUGAUUGAGAAGGAGACUGAAGAGUACCGCAAGGGAGAUCCGGACCCAUUUGAUGACAGACACCCUGGUAAGGCCUGCAAUCCAGAUGUAUGCUGGCAUCUGCUGAGAAUAUUUAAGAAUGACGACUUCAUGAAUGCGCUGGUGAAUGCUUACGUGAUGACAAGCAGGGAACCUCCAUUAAAUACUGCUGCCUGCCGGCUCCUUCUGGACAUCAUGCCAGGACUGGAAACUGCCGUUGUCUUUCAGGAAAAGGAAGGCAUAGUUGAAAAUCUAUUUAAGUGGGCCCGAGAGGCGGAUCAGCCAUUGAGGACAUAUUCAACUGGGUUGCUAGGAGGUGCUAUGGAAAACCAAGAUAUUGCUGCCAACUACAGAGAUGAGAACUCUCAACUGGUAGCUUUGGUUCUUCGACGGCUACGGGAGCUACAGGGUAAUGAAAUGACCGUGAAACAGGAAAACAAGCGUCCCAGUCCUCGGAAGCUGCCUUCGGAACCUCUGUUGCCUCUGGAUGAAGAGGCUGUGGAUAUGGACUAUGGGGAGAUGGCAGUAGAUGGGGAACAAGAGGAAGUUGCUGGGGAUAUGGACAUCUCUUUUCAUCUUGAUUCAAGCCACAAGACCAGCAGUCGAGUGAACUCUGCCACAAAACUUGAGGACAUGGGACUAAGGAAAAGCAAAUCAGGGAAACAGCAUGAAAGAGACAGCUUCCGGAAGGCCAAACAAAAACUGGGCUUCUCUUCUUCAGAGCCAGAGCGGAUGUUUGUUGAGUUAUCCAACAGCAGCUGGUCAGAAAUGUCCCCAUGGGUAAUUGGCACCAACUAUACCCUUUACCCUUUGACUCCUGCCAUAGAACAGAGACUAAUUCUGCAGUACCUGACCCCCUUAGGAGAAUACCAAGAGCUGCUCCCUAUCUUCAUGCAACUUGGAUCAAGAGAGCUGAUGAUGUUCUACAUUGACCUGAAACGGACCAAUGAUGUGCUGCUCACCUUUGAAGCUCUAAAGCAUUUGGCAUCGUUGCUGCUCCACAACAAGUUUGCUACGGAGUUUGUUGCUCAUGGAGGAGUGCAGAAGCUGCUAGAGAUUCCUCGUCCUUCCAUGGCAGCUACAGGGGUCUCCAUGUGCUUAUAUUAUCUAUCCUACAACCAGGAUGCCAUGGAGAGGGUGUGCAUGCAUCCCCAUAACGUGCUGUCGGAUGUUGUGAACUACACCCUGUGGUUGAUGGAGUGCUCCCACGCCUCGGGCUGCUGCCAUGCUACCAUGUUCUUCUCCAUUUGCUUCUCCUUCCGUGCUGUCCUGGAGCUCUUCGACAGGCAUGAUGGCCUCCGUCGCCUAGUGAACUUGAUCAGCACCUUGGAGAUCUUAAACCUGGAAGACCAGGGAGCCCUCCUGAGUGACGACGAGAUCUUUGCUAGUCGCCAAACUGGGAAGCACACCUGCAUGGCCCUGCGCAGGUACUUUGAAGCUCAUCUUGCCAUCAAACUUGAACAGGUGAAGCAGUCGCUCCAGCGCACUGAAGGUGGCAUUCUGGUCCAUCCGCAACCACCAUAUAAGGCCUGUUCCUACACUCAUGAGCAGAUUGUGGAGAUGAUGGAGUUUCUAAUAGAGUAUGGUCCAGCACAGCUCUACUGGGAGCCAGCAGAAGUCUUUCUCAAAUUGUCUUGUGUGCAACUCAUGCUCCAGCUUAUCUCUAUAGCAUGCAACUGGAAGACAUACUAUGCCAGGAAUGACACAGUACGCUAUGCUUUGGAUGUUCUGGCUAUCCUUACUGUGGUUCCUAAAAUCCAGUUGCAGCUGGCAGAGCCUGUAGACGUGUUGGAUGAAGCGGGAUCUACUGUAUCUACUGUGGGUAUCAGCAUCAUCCUGGGAGUUGCUGAGGGUGAAUUCUUCAUCCAUGAUGCAGAGAUCCAGAAGUCAGCCCUUCAGAUCAUCAUCAACUGUGUGUGUGGCCCAGAUAAUCGGAUCUCCAGUAUCGGCAAAUUCAUCUCGGGAACACCCCGACGAAAGCUCCCCCAGGCACCCAAAAGCAGUGAGCACACACUGGCCAAGAUGUGGAAUGUGGUACAGUCUAACAAUGGUAUCAAAGUGCUGCUGUCAUUGCUGUCUAUAAAAAUGCCAAUUACGGAUGCAGAUCAGAUCCGAGCGUUAGCCUGCAAGGCCUUGGUGGGGCUGUCUCGUAGCACUACUGUCCGUCAGAUCAUCAGCAAGCUUCCCCUCUUCAGCAGCUGUCAGAUCCAGCAACUGAUGAAGGAGCCUGUGCUCCAGGACAAGCGCAGUGACCAUGUCAAGUUCUGCAAGUAUGCUGCUGAACUGAUAGAGCGUGUCUCAGGGAAGCCAUUGCUGAUUGGCACAGAUGUCUCCUUGGCUCGGUUGCAGAAAGCGGAUGUGGUGGCCCAGUCAAGGAUCUCGUUUCCUGAAAAGGAGCUGCUGCUUUUGAUUCGGAACCAUCUCAUCUCUAAGGGGCUAGGAGAAACUGCUACUGUCCUCACUAAAGAGGCAGAUCUACCCAUGACUGCGGCAUCUCACUCCUCUGCCUUCACCCCUGUUGCAGCUGCUGCCUCCCCUGUGGCUCUGCCUCGCACACCUCGUAUAGCUAAUGGUAUCUCGGCCCGACUGAGUAGCCAUGCUUCUGUAGGUUCUACUGCCACCUCUGUCCAUGCUCAGCCAAGGCCUUCUGUAUCCCAGGGUCCACUUGCCCUUCCAGGUCCUUCUUAUGCCAGCAGUUCCCCCUUGAUUGGCAGGAUUAGCUUCAUCAGAGAGAGGCCACCACCCUGCAAUGGCAGGAAAAUCAGAGUGCUGAGACAAAAAUCGGAUCACGGUGCCUACAGCCAGAGCCCAGCCAUCAAAAAGCAGCUGGACAGACACCUCCCUUCCCCACCCACGCUGGACAGUAUAAUUACAGAGUACCUUAGGGAGCAGCAUGCCCGCUGCAAGAACCCAGUUGCCACCUGUCCCCCUUUCUCUCUCUUUACUCCCCACCAGUGCCCUGAGCCAAAACAGAGGCGCCAGGCGCCAACUAACUUUACCUCGCGGCUGACCCGUAGGGCGGCCUUUCCGAAGUAUGGAGGGGUGGACGGUGGAUGCUUUGAUAGACACCUUAUAUUCAGCAGGUUUCGUCCAAUUUCUGUGUUCCGGGAAGCAAAUGAGGAUGAAAGUGGCUUUACCUGCUGUGCAUUCUCUGCACGGGAGCGAUUCCUAAUGCUGGGCACUUGCACUGGGCAGCUGAAGCUCUACAAUGUUUUCAGUGGGCAGGAGGAGGCCAGUUACAACUGCCAUAACUCUGCCAUCACACACCUUGAGCCAUCCAGGGAUGGAUCUUUACUGCUAACAUCUGCUACGUGGAGCCAACCAUUGUCUGCGCUGUGGGGGAUGAAAUCUGUCUUUGACAUGAAGCAUUCCUUCCCAGAUGAUCACUAUGUGGAGUUCAGCAAGCACUCUCAGGAUAGGGUCAUUGGCACAAAAGGGGACAUUGCCCAUAUCUAUGAUAUUCAGACUGGCAACAAGCUAUUGACUCUGUUUAACCCAGAUCUUGCUAACAACUACAAGAAGAACUGCGCCACCUUUAACCCCACAGAUGACCUUGUCCUAAAUGAUGGGGUGCUCUGGGAUGUCCGCUCUGCACAGGCCAUCCACAAGUUUGACAAAUUCAACAUGACGAUCAGUGGAGUUUUUCAUCCUAAUGGGCUAGAGGUCAUAGUCAAUACAGAGAUUGUAUCCUUUUACUUCAGUUGUAACACUAAUGCACUGGAAACAUAAAAACCUUGGACUGACAAACAGGUGGUCUGAUUGCAGCAGCCUGUAUAACU